GUCCGGUGCACUCAGCUCGCUUGGAGUAUUCGCAUGCCAGCAUGUGGAUGGCCAUAUGGGGGGUGGAACCAGUACCACCAUCGACCCUGACCAUCCGGAGUCGCUUCGCUUGUUUUACGAAGAGCUACCAGUGCAGACCGGCCUGGACAUUGCCCUCAAGGCAAAUCUGGAGGAUCUCGGCGGUCAAUUUCCCUGUCUGGCCAAGAUGUCGCAAGUCAGCGACGAGGGUCUAGGACGAAUCCAGCCCGGCUGUAGCCGAGGCCGUGAGAGAGCCCUGAUCAUCGUGAGCGACUCAACGACGGUCUUUAUGGCAGGGAAAAGAACGUGGACCGAUCUGAAGAAAGACCUGGAGGAUCGGCAGAAGGGCCCACUUCUGCAACGCUACAAGGCCGUGAAAUAUUGCCCAAUCUGGGGCGCUUCUCUCGGCCCCAUCGUUGACAAGGUACAUGAGCUCUUGCGCGAAUGCAUCGACGCUUCCGAGAGGCCCAUGGACCUGCAGGUGGAUAUUUGUGUGGUGUGGAUGGGGAAUGAUCUAGUCGGCACACGCGGGGUGUUCGUUGAUCCCAAUCUGCCAUCGUGGAGGCAGAAUGUCGAAAACGCCAGUGCCCUAGGCAUCUGGUCCGACAUUGCUUCCCGGGUUUGCGGGGAAAUCGGACGUCUAGCCGUCUUAAAAGGCAGGCCGUGUGUCAACUCUGUGCAAAUCCUGGGAGACGCCGCUCCGAUCGAUUACAACCUCCCGCCAGAGUACAGGGAGGCGAUCCGGAUGUUUUUCUCCUACGCACGUGGCCGCGGAAUUUACACCGGCAGCUUGGAGAAUGUCGUGGCUGAGAUUCCCAAGUAUGACGGGUACCAUUUUCGCGAGGAUAGCAUUUACAGAUCAGCCCUCACCAACGUCCUCGUCAACAGGAUCCGAUUGUGUCAGGUCGAGUCCACCUUUGCGCAGCUUCCGGAGGCGGACUAUACGCGGCUGAUGGCUGAGCACCCGUUUGACGCGAAGGCAGAACGCAAGUUCCUCAUGCGCCACGUGUUCAGUCGGACUCUCCAAAGCCAGCAGAUGUCCCGCCGCCUGAAAAGGCAGGCCGAGAUGAAGGAAGCGCGCGAGCAGUGCCCCGACCCCUGGGAACAAACAUGGAUUCCUGAACCAGAGAUUGCCGUGACAGGAAUGAAGGAGGUAGAGGUGCCUGCGGAGCUGCGGGAGUGGCACUACGGUGUUCAGCGUGACAUCGAGGCAAAGCAAAGUGGCUAUGCCGAGGGCCAAUCCCGCCCAGCACCAGCUGUGGCCGCAUCAUCCUCCGCCUUAGCCCCGCCUAUGGUGACUGCAUCCUUCGAUGAGGUGAUUGACGCCAUCCCGUACAGGACCGAGGCUAGCCGAACCUUCUCGGCAGCCAAGGCCGCUCGCAAGGUCGAGCCAGCUGUGGAAGAGGCCAGCUCCUCUACAGCCCCGCCUAGCGGUGGCCGAAGGUUGCAGAUCAAUCCAAGCGACCUCGUUGGGUACAAGGUUUCGGAUGAUGACUACCUCAAUGAGAUGCUCGGCGCGGACGACAACAAGUUCUGCAGGCUCACUGGUGACAACCCCGAGCACGUGAAGAUGCUCACCAUCAAGCAGCCCGAUAUCCCGAUGGAUUAUAUCUUGAAGCCGCCGCGCUACGUCGACAAGGUGGCAAAAUGGAUCAUUGGGGUGGUGAGGGGUUCGAUCAUGGAGUGCAGAAGCAGAGUGGGAAAGUGGAUCAGAGUAGAGGAACUUUUGUUCCUUCUUGCUGGUCACUCCGAGGAUCCGCGCAACGAGUACAUGGACAGUGGAGUGUGGCCGAUCUGGGUGUCCGCAAGUCAUGGCCAUAGCGCACGCAUCCAGAGUGAGAUCGACGAUGCUAGCAUCGCCACAAGGUGGCUCGAUCCCAGGAGGCGUGGCAUCGACCAAGUUCCAGCCGCCUACAAAGGCAGGCCAUUCUUGUGUCGAGGCGACGAGGACUUCCCUAACAGGCUCUAUCACCGCACAACAAAUGACGCUGCCUUCCAGAUCCUCGAGGACGGGCUCAUUCCAGGCUUCCGCAAUUCAGGGAAGUAUCAUUGCUACUUUGCGAAACCAACCUUGGCGGAGCUUGGAAAUAAAGCUGGUGUACGUGCUAACCUCCAAGUCGAACUUGUCUUCGACACGAUCGAGGUUCUCAAGCAUGCGUACUUGUUCGAGACAGAGUCCGAAGGCAUCUUAUGCAAGGAGCGCGUCCCUGGAGAGUGUGUGCUCUAUGUCAGAGACGCUGCGAGCAACCAGACGCUUUGGACGCGGCCUUCUCCUGGGGACGAAGACGUCGAAGUCAUCGUCGAAAUCGCUGGUAUUACCACGAUGGAAGACGACGACGAGGCGGCGGAUCCUUACAGCUUCCCCGAACCGGCCGAACCGGAGGAAGAAGCCGCGAUUGUCUCGGAAGCCGUCCAGGAGCCGGAGGCUGAGGCAGCAACAAUGGAUGCCGAUGAUCCAGCCCCACUUAGUGGAGGCCAUGGAGAUGAAGAACGGGAGCCCAUUCCUGAGGGGGAGCCCAUUCCUGAGGAGGAGCCCAUCCCUGAGGAAGAGCCCGUUCCCGAUACCACGGAUGCUCCGAUGCCUGCAGCCCUCGAGUCAACAGAGGCCGAGAAUGUUUGGAGACUGUUGGAAGAGGACGAUGCUGCUGGCAUCGGAAUGCUCACACCUCCUGAGCCAAAGGAGGAAUCGCCAACGGAAGACUUCCCGGAGCCUGAGACGGAUGCAGCAAAGCCGGAAACGGCCGAGCCAGACGCAUCCAUGGCUCCCGCCGACAUCAAGACGGAGGCGACAGAAGAGGCGGACGAGCCCGUUGCACCGAAGACCGAGCAUGUUACGCGAUCGGUCAAUAAGAUGCCUACGGAGCCGCCGCACAUCAUCCUGCCACCUCCAGCCCCUGCAACGGGAGGCCGUCGGCGAGCAUGCCCUCAGUGCGGUACUGUGCACCUUGUUGGGCAAAUGGUUUGUCUCCGAUGCAAGGCUCAGUUGGCAAAGGCCACGGCCCAGAGCCAGCGUAAGCGCUUGAAGACGGAUCGGUGGUUUCAAGAGCAGGCCGCAGCCCUCGCCACCGGAAAGGCCAAGUCCCGCCUCACAGUGGAGGAAGUUCUCGCUAACAUCCGCAGAGAAGUUGGAGGACGAGGAGCACAGAGCCUAGAUUCCGUCGCCAUUGAAAAGGCUAAACAGAUGCUCAAGUUGGCGGCAAAGCAAGGUUGCUCCAGCAUCGUCGAGCGCUUCGAGACUGAUGCUGAGUAUACUGUGUCCUCCCUCAAUAACGGUUUUGACCGGGACUUUUUGAUGGUUCAGGACGUGCUCGUCAACGGCAUCUUGCCUAAUCUUGGCCGCAACCAAGUGCAAAGGACCCUAGGCACAGGCGUUCACGGGUCCGGGAGCUGGGAUCGCCCCGAGUCCCCGGAGAGUGUGUUCCUGCAGCACAAGGCAAUUGACCGCCUGCAGUGCUUCACAGAGACCUUGCACCUCGAUCCCAAUUUGGGUUACACAGCAGCUGAGUGGGACCUUUGGUUGCGACAGCGCCUAAACACGCAGCUCCAACCCGCGAUCCGUGCCCACCAAGAACGCCUCGCCGAUGCCGAACGUUCCCGUGCAGCACAGCGUGAAGCCGAUGAACGCCGUGCGACAAAGGGUCAAGGCAAGGGUGAAGGCAAGGGCAAAGGCGGGAAGAAGGGCAACCCGAAGCAGCCCCAUCCCUAUGCUCGUGGAGGCUAUGGCUACUACCGCUGA